AUGGCGAGAUUUGCUGUGGAACAUGAUUUCUUCAGCAUGGAGAAAGAGUCUACUCAUCAUGCUAAACUUGAAAGUGGAACAGCCUUAGGAGAUAUUCAAAGUGUGAUUCCAAAGACUGAUCCUGAACUUUUGAACCCUCAAUUGCCCGUUUUUAGUCCUAUUUCGAGGCUUUGUUGUGGCACGGAAAAUGGCACAAAAAAUGUGCCUCUGACCAUUUUCUACGAUGGAACGGUUACCGUUUUCGAUGUCUCCAGUGACGAGGCGGAAGCUAUUCUAAGGUUCGCAGAAAGCUCAAAAAUUAUGGAUGCGUUUACUCCAAGAAAACAAUUGUUUGUGGAAACAUUAAGUGGAGAUCUACCAUUGGCAAGGAGAAACUCCUUACUUAGAUUCUUGGAGAAGCGAAAAGAGAGGCUGACUAUGGUGUCACCUGAUGGUCUAUUCCAGUCCCCUAUCUUUGGCUCCUUAGGCUAUACUGCCUCUAAAAGCAAGAAUCAGCAGAAGAUCGGAGUAUCAUACAACACUGCUGAUGAUAUAGAUAAAUCCUAAUGUAAAAUGUUAAUUUUGCGGAUUUGGUAGUACUGCUCUUAUAUGUUACUAAGAUAUUUGC